AUGCUGUCAUCAAAACUCCUACGUACGAGGUUUGUCACUCGCAACGUGUCAACGUCCGUCGCGAAUUCGCAUCUUCUCGUGAUUAAUGCUGGCAGCUCAUCUCUCAAAUAUUCACUGUUUAAUUUGCACUCGAAUGGUGUGGGUGCUGCUGUUUUCACAGGCCUCGUCGAACUAUCGACAUCUAGUAACAAGAAUGGACGCAUUACACACAAGACUCUCGCAACUGGUAAGAAAGAUCUUAUCGAGUUGCCUUUAAAUUCACAUCGAAACGCCUUUGAGACUGCUGUGAAUGAAUAUUUUGGAUCUUAUCUUGACGGUAUUAAAGCCGUUGGCCAUCGCGUCGUACAUGGUGGCGAGACUUUCAAUUGUGCUUCACUAGUGGAUAAUCAAGUCAUUGAAGCCAUAAAAUCCAAUAUCAAAUUGGCUCCACUGCACAAUCCAAAUAAUUUAUUGGGAAUUCAAAUGGCGACCGAACUUUUUGGUUCAUGUCCACAAGUUGUGGUUUUUGACACGGCAUUUCACGCUACAAUGCCACCGAAAGCUUUUACUUAUGGUAUUCCAUACAAACUUUACAAUGAUUUAGGCAUCCGUCGCUAUGGUUUUCACGGUACAAGUCACCAAUAUGUAGCGAAAAAAGCUGCGAGUUAUUUAAAUGAAUCUUUGGAUGAAUGUAAUUUCAUUACAUGUCAUUUGGGUAAUGGCUCUAGUCUUGCUGCAAUUGAAAAUGGGUAUUGUAUUGAUACAAGUAUGGGAAUGACUCCACUCGAAGGACUAAUAAUGGGUACACGUUGUGGUGAUAUUGAUCCAGCUCUUCACGCUUUCUUAUGUAAAGAACUUAAUAUGACUAUUGAGGAGGUGGAUAGUAUGCUUAAUAAAAAGAGUGGUCUUCUUGGAAUCUGUGGAGAUAGUGACAUUCGUAUUAUUCAAGACCGUGUACGUAUGAAAAAUGAUAUUUAUGCUUCAUUAGCUUUAGAUGUCUUUGCUCACCGUGUUCGCAAGUAUCUUGGAGCUUACAUACUGGAAAUGAAUGGGAAAUUAGAUGCGCUCAUUUUUACGGCAGGAAUUGGUGAGAAUUCAGCGAUAAUUCGUGAACGUGUGUGUCAAAAUCUUUCAUUUUUUGGAAUUGAACUGAAUGAUGAAAAGAAUGUCAUGUCAAUUAUGGGCUCAGGUCCUGUGGAAAUUCAGUCAGAGAAUGCAAGGACGAAAGUGUUGGUCAUUAAUACAGAUGAAGAACGUAGCAUUGCAGAACAAACUUACGAAGUAGCUUUGACUAAAAAAUCUUGA